AUGCCCAAGGCUGAAAAGGGAACGUCGAAGCGCGCAUGUCCGCUAGGGAAGCAAUUGGACUUUGAUAAUAAACCGUGGUAUGAACAGCGUAGUAAAAAGAACGCUCGACGUGAUGCUGACGACUUGGAUGAUGAUAUGACGGAGGACGUGAUGCCCGAGAAAUUGAGUCGUCGGACACUGGCACUUGCGAAAGAGCAGCAGGCAGAAGAACAGGCUCGACAGAACAAAAGAAAAGGUCGAUCGAAUGCUGCACGGACGUCGGUGAAGUCUCAGGUUAACAGCAGUGAUGAAUCGGAUGAGGAUUCCGAGGUGGACAAUGACAUGGACACUGAUGAAUACAAUGGACAGGAUCUUGUGCGCAUUAACGGUGACUAUGUCGAGGAAGUAGAGAUAUGUGAGGAAGAUGAAGAAGCUCUUGCAAACUUUAUGAUGGGUGCUCCUGAGCGUCGUAACCUCGCUGAUAUUAUCAUGGACAAGAUUUUUGAGAAGGAGGCACGUGAACGUGGUGACAUGGAGGAUGACAGUCAAGCGCCUGAGAAGCGCAAGUUUGACCCCAAGAUUGUAGAAGUGUACACAGGUGUAGGCAAGAUCCUACAGCGAUACACAUCAGGUAAACUGCCCAAAGCCUUCAAGGUCAUCCCAAGCUUGAGCUACUGGGAAGACAUUCUGUGGCUCACGAGUCCCGAAAAGUGGUCACCACAUGCAAUGCGCGCAGCGACGCGGUUAUUUGCGUCGAAUUUGAACCCGAAAAUGGCGCAGCGAUUCUUUAAUAUUUUCUUGCUAGAGCAUGUGCGGCAGGACAUUCACGAGAACAAACGACUGAAUUUCCAUCUGUAUAUGGCUUUGAAGAAGGCAUUAUACAAGCCACAGGCGUUUUUCAAAGGAAUCGUUAUCCCGUUGUGUGAGAGCAGGAAUUGUACGCAACGUGAAGCUGCAAUCAUUGGCAGUGUGCUGUCCAAGGUGUCCGUGCCUGUAAUUCACUCAGCUGCAACGCUCAUGAAGCUUGCAUCCAUGGAGUACGCAGGUGGUAACAGUAUAUUUAUCCGUGUACUGCUCAAUAAGAAGUACAGUUUACCUACUCGUGUGAUUUUGGAGCUGAGUCAGCAUUUUCUCCGCUUCACGUCCGACACGCGCCAGUUGCCGGUUUUGUGGCACCAGUCACUACUGGUAUUUGCCCAACGCUACAAGAACGACAUUUCCAAGCAACAUAAGGAGGCCAUGAAAGCGUUACUCAAGCAACAUUUUCACCACCAGAUCACCACUGAGAUUCGUCGUGAACUGUACAACGAAAUGUAA